AUGGCAGAAGAUGUGCCUCUUUUGGCUUCGCUGCUGUGUCAGGGCAGCUUCCUCCUAGUGAGAUGUCUGCUGGUUGCGGGGCUGAUUCCAGCCUGUGCGCAAGAGUCACUGGGCGAGGACAUCUUCGUGACACAGCGAUGGGGCUCCCCGCGCGAGAAGCAGCUAACCCAAGAGCUGCGCCUGUGGAGCUCGAGAGCCAUGGAGGAGAGCCAUCGAGUGGUGGCAGCAAUGACAACCACACCGACCCGGAUUCAGUUGAUCGAGGGAGCUGUCGACAGCCUGCUGAAUCAGAGCAGGCCUUUGGACGCAGUGUACCUUUUUGUUCCACACACCUUCUUGCGGGAUGGCAGCAGGUACGUGCUUCCUUCCUGGCUGGAGCGCAAGGUGGGUGUCCGAAACUUCCACCUCCGAAGAUGCGAAGACUCAGGGCCCGCCACACACAUGCAGGAGGUGCUCAAGCUGGAGCUGGAUCCCCACACAUACAUCCUUCAAGUAGAUGAUGACCAGGAGUACGGACGUGAGUUGGUGCAGCACUUGCUUAGGGCCACUGGCCCUCUUCCUGGGCGAGCUCUUGGCGCGGCCACGCAGCAUGCCUACAGCUACCUGAAGAGUGCCAUCACGGAGGGCGUCCACGGCGUUCUUUUUCAGAGGAAGUUUUUCGACAGUAGCGUUUUUGACUACACUGGCUUCUCGGAAUCUUGCAAGCUGCACGACGACCUUUGGCUCUCGGCACACCUGGCACGCAAGGCGUUGCGGCGGGAGUCUUUGACUUCCCGCUUUGGUAGCAAGCCGCUGGGCUUCGGCUUUCGUGCCGAUGCGCUCUUCCAGGGCGGCGCAGGGACGGACAACCAAUGGAACUUUUUCGCCUGCAUGUCCUCGCUGCUGGAGGCGCAGCCCAACCUGUGGGAACCGGAGGACGAAGCAUGA